ACAAAAAUAACCAACACCACGUUCAUGGUCUUUCUGUCUUUAGUUCUACUCUUUCUUUUGUUUCCCUAUCUUAUGUUUUGUAGGUGUCAUUCUUUGUUUCUUUCUCUCUCUCUCUCUCUCCACUAUAUCUAACACACAACACAACAAUCUUCUUCAUUAUAUUUACUUAUUAUUCAACUCUCCAAAACACGCAAGCAACCAAUCAAUACCUUAAAAAACUAACUUAAUGAUUCUCACGUCCCACACUUUUCUUCAUUCCAACUCCACCUCAACACAAUCUUCAAUCCCAACUCUUACUAUAUUUCUCAUUUCUUAAAAUUAAAUCACAAUAUCUUACAUCAUACCACUUUCUUAAUUAAGAAAAAAUCUCUUAUUAAACUAUAGUCUAUACUUUCCUUUUAUUUUUUAUAUUACAAGUAACUAACUAAACGCUUCUUUCAUUGCCAACCAUGACACAAGUUCUCCACUCUCCACCUCAUUUUACUUCAUCAUCACCAACAACAUCAUCUUCAACUUCUUCAACUUCUUCUCCUCUUUCUUCUUUCUCUUGUCAUGCCAUUUUUCAACCUCCUUCACAACCUCAUUUUCCACUUUUUGAACUUUUAGUUACUCUUUUUAGAAAAUCAUUAUUUCCUUUCAAGAAUAGUGGCAACAAGGAACUUUGUAAUAUGGACAUUAGCUCUCCGACUAACGUGCGCCAUGUUGCGCACGUUACUUUUGAUAGGUUCAAUGGUUUCUUGGGUUUGCCUGAUGAGUUCGAACCCGAUUUUCCCAGAAGGCCACCUAGUGCUAGUGCAACUGUUUUUGGAGUUUCAACAGAAUCCAUGCAGUUAUCUUAUGAUUCAAGAGGGAACAGUGUGCCAACAAUUCUGUUGUUAAUGCAAAGGCAUCUGUAUGUUCAAGGAGGGUUGCAGGUUGAAGGGAUUUUCAGAAUUAAUGCAGACAAUAGUCAAGAGGAACAUGUUAGGGACCAAUUGAACUUAGGAUUGGUUCCUGAAGACAUUGAUGUACAUUGUUUAGCAGGACUAAUUAAGGCUUGGUUUAGGGAACUUCCGACCGCCGUUCUGGAUUCAUUAUCACAAGAGCAGGUAAUGCAAUGCCAAACUGAGGAAGACAGUAUUGUACUAGUGAGGCAUCUACCUCAUACUGAAGCCGCGCUCUUGGACUGGGCCAUCAAUCUAAUGGCAGAUGUAGUCCAAUACGAACAUCUUAAUAAGAUGAAUGCACGCAACAUUGCCAUGGUUUUCGCACCAAACAUGACUCGGAUGGCCGAUCCAUUAACUGCGUUGAUGUACGCAGUUCAAGUGAUGAACUUUUUGAAGACACUUAUAUUAAGGACGCUACGAGAAAGAAAGGAUUCAGUGGUUGAAUUGAAUCCUAGAUUGAAUUUUGAACCUUCUGAUGAGAAUGGACACCGUAGACUUUUCGAGUCGUGUCAGAAAGAAGAUACUGCAUCAGCAGCAGCAGCAGAAUAUGAAGAGGCUCAGGAAAAUUUUGUUUCAGAAAAAUCUGUCUUAGAAUAUUCACCUGAAUCACUCGAAAAAAAUUCCUCAACUGGAGAAGAAUCUGCCAGUUUGAUAAGCACUUCUGAGAAUCAAAUUUCGAAUGAGGAUUUGUAUUGUGAGUUUCCACCGAAAAGAAACAUGGGGAAGAAUAACAAGUCUAGUCAAUCAAGUAGUUCAAAUGCUAGAAAAGGGUCUAAAAAGACAAGAAGCCAACAACCUGCGAUCAAUGGAAAAGCAUCGGUCGAGAAAAAGGGAAUGAGGACUUUGAGUAACACAGAUACAAGAUCCGACCGAGUCGAAGCUUGGCGCUGAAGAAAGCACAGAAUUGUAAAACUUGAUUAUUUCACUUUGUGCCUUUGUAAGUUUGUCUAAUGUCUGAGAUUGAAAAAUUCUAAGGAAAGUUUGCGAAUUGAUUCAUUCCA